GUUCUGGCUGUUGUCAAUCUCAUCUGUCAGUUGAGCUGCAGCCACGACUCAGAGAGCAGGUUCUCCACCAGACAAGCAGGCUGACUGAUGCUCCUUCUAACUGCCACCUACUGGAACUAGUUGAGGUUGCCUCACCUCACCCCCCCUGGCCUUCCUGCACCUGUCAGAUCUUCCAAAACUGAUGCUGUUGUUGUGGAAACCGUGAUGAAGUGAUAGAAAAAGGAGACGAGGAGGAUUCCCCAACAGACAGAGUCCUGACAGGAGCCUGGAAGGAUACUACUACUAGACACUGACAGACCUGAGGCAGAGUGUGCCACACUGAGCUGAGGACCAGCAGCAUGGACCAGCAGCAUGGAAAAGUGGAGCGCUUCCUCAAGCUGGGCUACUCCCAUAGUGACAUUGUGCGUGUGCUAGAGAGCCUGCGUCAUGACGCCCAGACCAACGAAAUACUGGAGGAGCUGAUCAAGACCUGCCAAAUCACCACUACAACAACCACCACCACCCCAUCCAUACCAGCCAGCCGCUCAGCCCACUCCAGCCCACAGCUGGUCCCUCGAGGCUGCAGCUCUCCCCACCCCAGCCAGUCCCUACGGCCCAGCUCAGCUACAGACAGGGAUCCCACUUUGGGAUUCAGACCGGUGGUAAUUGAUGGAAGCAAUGUGGCCAUGAGCCAUGGCAACAAGCAAGUGUUUUCGUGCCGGGGGCUGUUGCUGGCAGUCAGGUGGUUUUUGGAGAGAGGUAUCCGUGACAUCACAGUGUUCGUGCCUCUAUGGAGAAAGGAGCAACCCCGUCCUGAGGCCCCCAUGACAGAUCAGCCCAUCCUCCAUGAGCUGGAGAAGAGAAAGAUCCUGGUGUACACCCCGUCACGCUGCGUCAACGGGAAGAGAGUGGUGUGUUACGACGACCGCUACAUCAUCAAACUGGCCUACGAGUCCGACGGCAUCGUUGUGUCCAAUGACAACUACAGAGACCUGCAGAUAGAGAAGCCAGAGUGGAAGACGUUCAUAGAGGAAAGGCUGUUGAUGUACAGCUUUGCCAAUGACAAGUUCAUGCCUCCUGAUGAUCCUCUGGGAAGGAAUGGCCCAACGAUUGACAACUUUCUGAGAAUAAAGCAGUGGACCCCAGAAAACAAGAAGGAGCGUUGCCCAUAUGGGAAGAAGUGUACUUAUGGAGUGAAGUGCAAGUUCUACCACCCAGAGCGCUCCAACCAAUCGCAGCUGUCUGUAGCAGAUGAGCUUAGAGCCAAGAGCAAACCUGCUGCUCAGACAGACAGGGAGUGGUCAUUUCUCCCCUCAGGCCUCGGCCAGGAGGGCCAUAUCUACACAUCCCUUUAUGAGCCGGAUCACACUACUAAUCAUCUACACAGAUAUCCUUCCACACCGCCUCACCUUAGAAAAAAUGAACAUUCCCAUUCCCACAGGGCUUUGCCAAGUGAUCAGUUCACCAGCCAGAGAGAAACAGGCAGCCCAGUUCUACAGCACAAAUCCAGCCACCACUUCUGCCCCAGCCCAGACACUGACGAGGCCUUUGGCUCCUUGGAGACCUCGCUGUCCAGACUAUAUGUCCAGGACCAGACAAACAACCCCAAGGGGCCCGGGGUGUCUUACACAUACAGCAGUGGGGUGGCCGGGUGUAGCCAGGGCAGUGGGGACGUCUACCCUUCCAGCACUUACAGCAGCCACAGUUACGGCAGCAACACACAGAGGCUCAGCCUGGGUGGGCAUUCCUCGGGAGUCCACUAUGCCCCCCAAAGACUGCUACAGUGUGGCUGUGACCACUCACAGAGCUGUGAGUGCAGCCAGUGCAUGUACGGCCACCAGCAUCUCCAGCCACAGCUAAGAAAGAGCUCCUAUGUUGUUCACAGUAACCCCAUCCAUUUCACCGAGCAGCAGUACUUUCAGAGUCCUCCCCCACAAAGGCAGAGUCACAGCCUCCCAGAACACAGCCCGGGACAGGGCCUCUCUGGUGAGAGAGUGGAGAUGACCAGGUCCAAUGGAGGUAAAGCUGCAGAUAGUGAGCAGAGGAGAAGUGUGAAGAACCAGCUCAGCACCCUCUUCCCCCCCAGCAUGGUAGACUAUGUGAUGAGUCUGUACCCACACACCCUCAACAAGUCAGAGCUGGUUCCUCUGAUCCAGAGGUUCAGAACCAGCCACGUUCCCUUCUAACGUGCAAGAUCUUUCUCUGUAAGCAUUAAACACAGUAGUUCCUCAGCAGACUAGAGACAAGCUUGAAAAUGUAGCAGUCUGUGCUGAAUUUCCUAUGUAUGUAUAUAGGUCAAGUGCAAUGCACUACCAUCUCCUGAAUGAUGCUAGUUCAUUUUGAAUCUAGCAUUGCCUUAAAGAUUAUCAAAGCAGCAUGUGUUGUUUUAACAUGUAGCCUCAAACUGAGGGAAGCUAUUUGACAGAAUGGGUGUUAACCUGUACGGUAUGCAGAAUAAUACUGUCCUUGUCAUUUGUUUGUUGUCCAUAUUAAAAAUAAGUCCUUGAAAAUUG